GUGAAACAGGUCAUCAGAUUCAGUCUGGUUUUUAGCAGACAGACACUCUGCUCAGUCUCUGCUCAGUGCUGAGGUGCUUUGAUCCAGGGAGCCCUGAUCCUGCAGAGAUUCCAGCUGGUGUCAGUGGGGAUGGAGUUGGUUCUAGCACAGCUCGUGCUAGUGUAGCCUUCAAGGGAAAUGGAAUUUGUCCAUGAGCUAAAAAAUACGUGUUUAACAUUCACUUCUGAAAAUUGCAGAAGGCAGCCAUGGAAGAUGUGAAUCCUGCUGAUGACCCCAACAAUCAGGGAGAAGAUGAAUUCGAGGAAGCUGAGCAAGAGAGAGAAGAAAACCUACCAGAUGAAAACGAAAAGCACAAGGAAGCCAGUGAGAAACAAGGACAUCCGGCAAUGGAAGAGCACUUGGUGAUGGCAGGCAACCCCGACCAGCAGGAAGAUAAUGUGGAUGAGCAAUACCAGGAUGAGGGGGAAGAGGAGGUCCAGGAAGAUUUGACUGAAGAGAAGAAACGAGAACUGGAACACAACGCCGAGGAGCCAUACGGGGAAAACGAGGAAAAUGUAAGUCCUGGGCAAACCCCCAGGUUUGGGGACACGAUCAAACCCUGCACACAACUGUGAGCACGUCACAGGGAU